AUGACACGUAGAGUGGCUAAUGUUUUAUGCGGCAAACCCUGUGCCGAGCGAAAGAUUACGGGCGCCGACAGCGUAUGCGUCUGUAACCAAACCUAUUGCGAUGACUUCCCGCAGCUAACCCUCCCGAAGGCCGGCGUUGUAUUGGUCUACGAAAGUGGCAAAAGUGGGCACAGGUUUCAGGAGACACAACUCAAACUGCAAACACAUACCAGCCCUCAAACCACCAGAUCUAAUAAAGACACGCAAACCAUAACAAUCGAUAAGAACCAGAAAUAUCAGAGUAUUAUUGGUUUCGGCGGCGCCUUCACCGAUGAGUUCGGUAUGGUUUUGAACGCCGUUCCCAAACAACUGUCCACUUAUUUGAUGGAAAGCCUGUUCAGCAAAGAUGGUAUCGAGUAUAAUAUGGGACGACUACCGGUGGCCUCCACUGACUACUCGGCCCACUAUUACACGUACGACGAUGUGGUCGACGAUACAAAGCUCACCAAAUUUGCUUUGGCUAAGGAGGACAUGGAGCUCAAGAUUCCUCACAUAAAAACCGCCCAAACCUUAAGCACGAAACCAUUGAAACUAUUUGGCAGUUCAUGGGCUGCACCCGAUUGGGUGAAAACCGGUCCCAAAGAACCGCUUGAACGCCGCAACCAAUUGAAAGGGGAGACGGGAGGGGAGUACUACGAUAUUUGGGCUAAUUAUUUGGUUAAGUUUUUAGACAUAUAUAAGGCCCAGAAUAUCCCGAUCUGGGGGCUGACCACUCAAAACGAGCCGACGUGGGGCCGGGAUUUCAUACCGAACGACCUGUUCUUUGAUCCGGAAAUGCAAAGAGUGUUUGUCCGCAAAAACUUGGGACCACUUCUUCAGAAGGCUGGCUAUACUCCCGACAAACUAAAACUCAUGAUAUUUGACGACAACGUGUGGCACAACACCAGUGACCACAAGACUAUGCAACAGUUCGCGGACACCAUAUUAGGGGACAAGGAGGCAGAGCAGUUUGUGUCCGGUAUUGCCUAUCAUUGGUACGAGAGCUCAAAGACUGAUGAAUACCCGGACACUGUGUUGGAUGAGGUGCACACCAAACACCCCAACCAUUUCAUGCUAAUGACUGAGGCCUGUCAUCUGGAAGGGCUGGGCAAUGGGCGCUGGGAUUUUGGGGAGCAUUACGCGCACGAUAUCAUAAGAGAUUUGAAUCACUGGACCACCGGUUGGGUGGAGUGGAAUAUGGCGUUGGGUUUGAAUGGCUGUCCCCGUUGUGGUAAAGAUCAGUGCGGAACGGCUAUAGUGGUAGAUAUCUUGAAGGGGGAGGCCUACAAACAGCCCACUUUCUACGCGAUCGGACACUUCAGUAAGUUUUUGUCACCCGAUUCCUUGAAAGAAUCGCUGAUUCGGGUGGAGAAACAGAAACAGGAAAAGGAUUUCGUGUUAAACCGCAAAUGUCUGGAGAUUAAAGUGAAAGAUAUGGAGAUCAAGCGCCUGGAGUUGGAGUUGAAGCAAAUGGAGAGACAAUUGAUUUGCGAGAAACGCGUCAAUAAGAAGCUCCGACACCACAUAUAA